AUGGGUAAGGUACCACAGGAAAAAUCUUCGGAAGAAAACCUGGCGAUAACAGUGCUGUCCUUAUUUGUAAAUGAAGCUGAAAUCACAAAUUUAUGGAAAUUAGAUUCAAUCGGAAUCAAUGAUCCUGUUGAGAAAAAAUCUAAGAACGAGAUUGAUCUACGGACCAAGGAGCAUUUUCUAGAAACGGUAAUAAUUAAUAAAGAUGGUCGAUAUGAGGUUUGUUUACCAUGGUCUGAUGAUAAGUCACCUUUGCCCGACAACUUGGAUUUGGCGUGGAAAAGGCUCGACUACACUAUCUCAAAACUUAUAGCUAUGAAUAUGUAUGAGAAAUAUGAAAAUAUUCUUCUAAAUUGGUUAGAUGAAGACAUAAUAGAGGAAGUUCCUACCAACGAAAUGAACUCUUAUGGUAAUUAUUUACCUCACCGUGCAGUGAUAAAACUAAGCAGCAGCACUACUCCAAUUCGUCCGGUAUUUGACGCUUCAGCGAGAUUAGUAAAUUAUCCAUCUUUGAAUCAGUGCUUGGAAUGUGGUCCUAAUCUCAUUGAGCUUAUUCCAAAUAUUCUUCUUCGAUUCAGAGAGGGACAGCUUGGCGUUAUAGCUGACAUCAGGAAAGCUUUUCUGCAAAUUAGUGUUCCUUCAGUAAUUGAGUACCAUAUUCAAAAAUGUGAAGUAUUUGAAAAAUCUUUGAAGAAAAGACUUUUGGAGAGUUUCUACAUUGAUAAUGUCGUUACUAGUGUCGACAGUAAAGACCAAUUAGAUCGAUUCAUCGACAAUUCUAAAACCUUGAUGGCAAAAGGUGGUUUUGAUCUUAGAGAAUGGGACUGGUCUGGCGACUGUGAAACUAAUUCAAAGGAAGAAACUCAGGUAUUAGGUCUUAUUUGGAAUAAGAAAUUAGACACUUUGAAAAUUAACAUGAAAUGGUUGGAUGACAUUAAUGUGGAAAAAGUAACUAAAAGGAGUAUGUUAUCUACAGUACAUAAAGUAUUUGAUCCUUUUGGAUUCACUGUACCAGUGAUGCUUUGUCCAAAAAUAAUGCUACAAAAGGCAUGGAAAUUAGGUACAACUUGGGAUGAAGAAAUAACUGGUGAGCUUCGUAAAGAAUUUCUACAGUGGUUUCAAGAACUUAAACAUUUGUCUGACAUACAGAUUCCUAGGUGUGUUCAAGCAUCUUCAAAAGAUAUAAGUAACUGCACUAUUCAUACGUUUGUUGAUGGAAGCAAAGAUGCAUAUGCUGCUAUUACAUUCCUUAGAAUAGAAAAUAAUGGUCGAAUCGAGCUAUUUCUACUUGCAGCGAAAUCUCGAGUGGCUCCUUUAAGAGGCACAACUAUCCCAAGAAUGGAACUUCUUGCGGCGGUGAUUGGAGCGAGGCUAGCGAAUUCAGUUGUUGAAGCUCUUGGUUGGAAAAAUGUUACGAUAUAUUACUGGAGUGAUUCUACAACAGUGCUUGCAUGGAUAUUACGAGAAGAAAAUUGGUCUGUCUUCGUUAGGAACAGAGUCCAAGAGAUAAGGAAGUUGAGUAAUCCUACAUCAUGGAGACACAUACCUGGUGAUAAGAAUCCGGCAGAUUUACCUUCCAGAGGCUGCAAGGCAAAACAUCUAGUAUCCCUAAGAUGGUGGGAGGGUCCACAAUGGAUAAAAAAUGCUUUUGAAUUUCAAAACAUUAUGGGUUCCUCCAACCAUGAUUGGAAUGAAGAAGAGAUUAGAAAGGAAAUGUCUAAGACGACUUAUAUAUUAUCAAAUAAUGAAGCCUGUGGUGUUUCAAACUGGUACUACAGAUAUUUUCCGAACUAUGAUAGAAUAGUUCGUCUUGUUGCAUGGAUCCUCCGCUUCAAGAACAAUUGCAAAAAUAUAACUGAGAAGAAGCAUGCCUUAUUUGACAACUAA